ACAGAGUAAUAACCUUUGUUCAUUUUUGUCUAGUUUGGUCUACAACAAAACGAUCUGUUUAGUAUAAAUGACCUGAUUAAUGAAGAGAAUAUGAAUGCUGUAGUAUCAACUAUUUCGAUACUAGCAUAUUCGUGUAAAAUAUUCGCAGAGAAAUUAUCACCUAUCAUCAUUAUUCCAACUCGAUCUCAAUCAGACAUAACUCAGCAAUAUCCACCUAGACCCAUUCAUAAAUCAAAGAGUGAAGCCUGUCUGUCGGUUACAGAACCUAAUCUUAAUUAUAAUAUGGUUUCCACCACUGCUAUGAAGGAUACUACAGAAACGACAUCUCAUACGAUGAAUCAUCAGGAGCAGGAGUCUUGUAAGGAGCAUCGUCAUCGUAAAGAGGAGCUGGACGCCAUUCACACUGCAAAAAUGUACUCAAAUGUCAAUAUCAAAGAGGAAUUAUCUUUCUCUAGUACUUCGGGCACAAAUCAAGCAAAAAGAUCCAGUUGGGAUAACCCUCCACCACUUGACAUUCAGCGACCCAAUUGUAUACCAGGCAUUGGCCCAUUCAACAUUUCAGAUUUCCGGGACGAAGAAGAAGAAGAUUACACAUUACCAAUUCAAUAUGAUGAAGAGGAGGAAGAGGACGAAGAUGAAGACGAUGAAGAUGAACACACAUAUGACACAAAAAAAAGUCAUACACCUUCUUUCUCGGGUGAUAGUGGCUAUGGAACAGCGGCCAGACGAAAAACCAAUCGUAAAGCAGUAAAAGAAGAAGAGCAAAAAGUGCAGGACUUAUUUGAGUCAUUAUUUGCUCCUAUUCCCACAACGCCGGAUGUACAACAGCAACAAAUAGCAACACCUCCUUCAUUGAAAAUGCAUCCGCCCAGCACUCCGGCAUCUACACAUAGUAAGCUCUCACUCUUAUUUUCCAAAAAAAAGAACAAAUCAAGCAAGGAGCCACACUUUAUAAAGUUCCAAACAUGGUCUAGCCAAAAUCAACAACACAGUACUAUUGACUCUCGAAGGCCUUAUGAGGAGGAUUUGUUUAAAUCAGCCAAAGAAAAGAAUGAGCAGUUAUCUUUGCUAAAUUUCUUGGAAGAAAACCGUAUUGAGCCUUGUUUGCCUCCUACAAUUCAGGUUCAGAGCCCUACUAAAAAUCGCCCUAGAAGAAGAACAGAUGCUUCGUUAACUCGAGUUUUAUUGCCCUCCAAGACUGAACAAAAGCAGAUUCAUAGCCAAUGUCAAUCAAUUAAGUCCAUACCUGAACAAAAAACUAUUAUACCACAAAAAUCGGUUUCUUCGAGUUUAAAUGCUGUGGGAGACAACAAUUUAGAAUUGUCGAAUGAACAAGGCAAUGUUGUUGCUCGCUAUAAACUAGGGAAUGUCAUUGGCAAAGGACACUUUGGUACAGUAUAUAGAGCCCUUGAUUUAAUCUCGGGUAAAACAGUUGCAAUAAAGCAAGUAAGUCUAAAGGACGCACGCAAAAGCGAUAUAGAAGAUAUGAUGCAAGAAGCUUCCCUCUUAAGCUCAUUGACACACUCAAAUAUUGUCAAAUAUGAAGGCUUUAUUCAAACACAAGACCAUAUGAAUAUUGUACUUGAGUUUGUCGAGAAUGGCUCUCUGUUGCAUACACUUAAGCAUUUUGGCAAUGCUUUACCAGAGAACUUAGUGGCUAGUUACUGUCAUGAUAUUCUACAAGGAUUGGCCUAUUUACAUCAACAGGAUGUUGUACAUUGUGAUCUGAAAGCAGCCAACAUUUUGACGACUAAAACAGGAGAUGUCAAAUUAUCUGACUUUGGUGUUUCUCUAAGCCUAAAGCUUAAAAGUCAAGAUGAGGACAACAUGGUGUCUGGUACACCUUUUUGGAUGUCGCCUGAGGUUAUUGAACUAAAAGGAGUAUCAGUUCAAUCUGACAUUUGGUCAUUAGGAUGCACUAUUGUUGAACUAUGUACAGGCAAACCACCUUAUGCAGAGUUAAUUACCAUGACUGCCAUGUUUAAAAUUGUUGAAGACGACUGUCCUCCUUUACCAGACAACAUCUCAGAUGUGAGUCUAUAUCCUUUUAUACAGCCAGGUUCUUAUUUAACUCAAUAGGACUUGAUUGAUUUCCUUAAACUAUGCUUCAAAAAGAACCCAGUGGAGAGACCAAAGGCUAUUCACUUGCUGCACCAUCCCUGGAUUACUCAAAGGGCAACACCUGUUAAGAGUAACAGCACAGUGCUAAACAAUUACUUACAAAACACAACUCAUAAAACAGACCAAUUUACCAUCACACAAAACAGCAAUAGUUACUCUCUG